AUGUCCGUGGCACGUGCGAGUCAUGUUGCUCAUCAACGCGACCAUACGCUACUUCAGGUAACCGUCGAUGAAGCGCCCUCGAAGUCGGUCGGCCACAGCAGCUACAAGGGUUUUGUAGCAGGAGUGAUUUCCGGCGCCGCAAAGCUUGCAGUGGGACACCCCUUCGAUACGAUCAAAGUCCGCCUGCAAACGUCGGACAAGGGUCGUUUCCAAGGGCCCUGGGAUUGUCUGCUCAAAACACUGAGAAGAGAAGGUUUCAAUGGUCUCUACAAAGGAGCUACACCUCCACUACUUGGGUGGAUGGCGAGCGAUUCAAUUAUGCUGGGCAGCCUCACCAUCUAUCGGAAGAUCCUAUUCGAGCAUGUGUUCACGAGCCAUUCCCCUCGCUCGCGGGGAUCUUCCGUCCACAGUGUGAACGAGCAGCUGCCAGCCCUUGGACACGGGCUUGCUGGAACCCUGGCUGGAUGGACUGUGUCGAUUAUCGCCUGUCCAUUUGAGCAAGUCAAGGGGCGCCUACAAAUUCAGUACGCUAAGAAAAGCGAGCGGUUUUAUAGUGGUCCAAUCGACUGCACAAAGCGUGUCGUUAAAGCUCAUGGCAUACGAGGACUCUAUCAUGGCUUAGUCGCAACGACGCUUUUUCGCUCAUUUUUCUUCUUCUGGUGGGCAAGCUACAACAUUUUCACCAAAGGCUUGCGACAACACACAUCGCUUUCGACUCCUGCCAUCAACUUCUGGGCGGGAGGGCUUUCAGCCCAGAUAUUUUGGUUAACGGCUUAUCCUUUCGAUGUGGUGAAGCAACGGAUAAUGACCGAUCCAUUAGGAGGGCCGCUCGGUGAUGGACAGCGCCGGUACAAGAACUGGAGGUCGGCCGUGCGACUGACGUAUAGAGAAGCAGGCUACAGGGGGUUCUGGCGAGGGUUUAUACCGUGCUUCCUGCGAGCAUUCCCGGCCAAUGGCGUUGCUCUUUUGGUCUUCGAGGCGGCAAUGCGCAUGUUGCCAGAUUAG